AUGUCCUUCCUUCAAAAAGUCAACCUUUUCAAGCGCUUGCCGAAGGAUCAACACCCGCUUUUGGCUGCCAACGUGAUUCCGACGAACUACAAAGCCGGACAGGUCGUUAUUGCGCAGGGUGAUCCAGGAUCGGAGUUCUUUGUCAUCAAGUCAGGAACGGCCACCGUCUCCAUUGCUCAGGAGGAACAGUCGGCCCAGCAGGUGGCCACGCUAACUUCGGGCGACUACUUCGGCGAGGCAGCACUGCUUCGAGAUGAGCCGCGGACCGCGACGAUCACCGCCGCCACGAACUUGAGUACCCUCAAGUUGACCAGAGAGAAGUUCCGCGAGCUUGGGUUGCACGAGAAGCUGCAUUUCGCCAACCGCAAGGCCGUCGGUGCUGGCAAAACGGCGCCGGUGGAGAAGAAGGAGAACGCCGAAAAGAACGACGACGAGCGAGAGUUGAUGAGGAGGGCAUUGCUAAGCAAUGAAAGCUUGAACUCGAUGGUCGUCUUAGAUGACCAGCGCGUGAAGGAUAUCGUCGACGUGGCGUGGAAAGAGGAGGUGCAGGAAGAUCAGGUCGUCAUCAAGGAGGGCGACCUCGAAGCUGAUUUCUUCUACAUUGUACAGGAAGGGACCUUCGAGGUCACUGUCGAAGACGAGGCCAAAGGAAAGUUGAGCAGCAAGGUUGGCAGCAUCUCGAAGGGCGGAAGCUUCGGUGAGCUUGCACUGCUCUACUUGACUCCCCGGGCGGCAACCGUGACCGCAAAGGCGCCUGGUACGCUGUGGGUGAUCGACCGAAUCAGCUUCAAGACCAUCUUGAUGAAAGUAUCUGACGACAAGAUCUCCGAGUACAUGAUGUAUCUCGAUCGGGUGAGCAUCCUCGAGGCAUUGCUAUCAGAAGAGAAGAGAGCGCUCGCCCGAGCAUUGGUGGAGAUGCAUUUCGCCAAAGGCGAAGUCAUCUUGCAGCAAGGGGAGCCGGGCAGCACAUUCUACAUUCUUUACGAUGGCGAAGUCCAGGUGACGAAAGAUGCACAAAAGCAGAACAAGCUGAAGGCUUCCGCGACGACGAAAGCAGCCCAUUUCUUUGGCGAGAGGGCUUUGAUGAGCAACGAGCCCCGUGCGGCCACCAUCACGGUGGUGUCGAAUGAGGCGAAGGUCUUGGUUCUGGACCGCAUUGCCUUCAAUUUGCUGCUGGGACCUCUGGAGGACAUCAUCAAGGCGCAGGAAGAGGGCCAGAAGAGGUCUUCGGCGCUUGGCAAAGGCGGACCUGGGACUGAAAAGAGGCGGAAGCAGGACAGGAUCCAACGCAAGGACUUGGUUCGCCUCGGCCUACUGGGCUGCGGUGGUUUCGCCUCUGUGGAGCUCUGGGAACACAGGGACACGAAAGAAACCUAUGCCAUGAAGUGCGUCUCCAAGGGGUACAUUGUCAAAAUGGGCAUGCAGCAGAGCAUCUUAAACGAGAAGAACAUUCUCAUGAUGACGAAUUCUUUCUUUGUCAUCAAGUUGUUCGAGUGCUUCAACGGGAGCCAGACACUCUACUUCCUUCUUGAAGCUGCCUUGGGGGGUGAGCUCUACGCAACGUACAACCGGAAAGGUCUGCAUGGGAGCGAAAAGCAUGCAAAGUUCUACAUUGCAGGCACAGUCUGUGCGCUGGCUCAUCUGCAUGACAGACGCAUUAUCUACCGAGACCUGAAACCGGAGAAUCUGCUGCUCAACGAGUCUGGGCAGCUGAAGCUCACGGACAUGGGUCUCGCCAAGUUCGUCGUUGGGAAAACUUUCACGACGUGUGGGACUCCGGAUUACUUUGCUCCAGAGCUCAUCUCCUCCUCCGGGCACACGAUUGCAGUGGAUUGGUGGACGCUUGGAAUUCUGCUUUUUGAGUUUAUGGCUGGGCAUCCUCCCUUCGAGUCGCCGACACCAGUCGAGACAUACUCGAAAGUCAUGAAAGGUAUCGGGAAGGUGAAGAUGCCGCCGAAGUGCCAAGGGGCCAUCGGCGACCUCAUCAAAGGUCUGCUAAAGAAGGAGCCCAGCGAGCGUCUACCAAUGCGUCCUGGCGCAAUCCAGAACGUCAAGGAUCACAAAUGGUACGUUGGCUUCAACUGGGAAGGCAUGGAAAGCCAGAAGUUGGAUCCUCCGUACAAGCCGAUCGUCAAGAGCAAGAAGGAUAUGACAAAUUUCGUCGCGAGGAAGGAUGAUAUGCCCAACCAGAUCGAAUACGAAGAUGAUGAGAGUGGAUGGGACCAAGACUUCGCCACUUGA